AUGCGUUUUAAAUCAACAGUCCUUAAAGAGCUUGUGGAUCAAACAGUUGUUUGCAUCGGAUGGACUGGAAACGAUGAAAUAAUAAUCGGAAGGUUUGUAAAAGUUUUUAAUUCGUAAAUAGAAAAAGAAUAUUGAAAUUGAAUGACAUCAAUUAUUGUAGUUAUAAUUUUAAAUUUCUAGUCAAACUUAUUUCACAAUGAUACAUACAGUAUAUAUUUUAGAAAAAAAUAAAACUAUUUAAAUCUUAUCUUACUAGUUAAAUUAAAAUAUUAAUAGAUUUAGUCAAAUUAAUUUUAAAAUUUAGUUUUUGUAAUUAAUUUAUAUAUUAUUCCAGACCGAUUUUCAAAUUUUGCGAAAAUUAAUUUUAAUAAUUGAUAACUAAAUAUAAAUAUUACUAGCUAUAAAAACGUUAUAUUAAUAUGUAAAUUAUAAUUUAUAUUUGCAGAUAUUUUGUUUUUUAAACCGAAAUUAUUUUUUAAAAUAAAUGUAACGUAAAAAAGAGCUGUAAAAAGAACAGUAGGUUAGGCGCACGGCCACUGUUGUAGGUUGGAAACUAGGAAGGUAGGAAACAAAAUAUUAUUCAAUUUAAAUCUGUAAGCCGCGAUGAACCACUGUUUACGAAAAACGAUUCUGAGCAAACGUGAGUUAUAUAUGAUUUGAAAGAUCAUAAUAUUUACAAUUUUAAAAAAUUACUACAUUACUACAUGAUUUUUUUUUACCACUAUAAGUAGAACUUAAAAUGAACCUCGUAAUAAAUUUACGAUAGUUUCUGUUUGUUUAAGCAAUUAUAUCCUCAUAGUACCUAUAAGAAAAAAACUGCGUAUAAAACUCGCAAAAUUAAAAUGUUUAAUAUUACCUCAAAAAUUGCAUUAAUGUUUUGAACAUUUUACCACGUCUAAAAAAAGCAAAUAUAAGUCUUUAUCAAAAUGUCAAAUAUCCACGAAUAUUUUUAACGGAAUAACAACAAAAAAACAAAAUUUAAAAUAAUAAAACUUUUAUUUUUGUAAAUUUUCCCGUUCUUCUUACGGUUUUGGUCGAUAUUAAAAAAAACUACAUGAAAAUCGAGGACCGGCUAUUCACCAACUAGAUCCAAAAUCGAACAAAAAAGGUCUCUUGUGGUUUUUCUAUUGGAACGAUAUUUCUAUGUACAAAUUUAAAAUAAUUCUAUUUUUUGAUUAAAGCAAGAUUUCUGGUCGAAAAUUUGUUUACAGAAAGAAAUAAAACACAUCAUAGAUCCCUCACUACUCUCUAAACCUAUAAUACUAUAUUUAAUAAAUAUAGUAUUAUAAUAUAUAUUACAUAUAUUAUAUUAUCAUAUACAUAUUAUUAUUUAUUUAAGUAUACAUACAUAACCGUAAUAAGAUUGUUAUUGUAAUAAUUGUUCAGAAGUGAUUCGUCGAUAUCCAAAUGGAGUCAAGCCACAAAAGAAAACAUCAAAUUAUGUGAUCUGUCAGAUCAAUCGUACCCAAUAGACUUGCAUAUGUUGUCCAAUACUCAGAGGCUUAUCAACAAAACCACAGGAAUCGAACAAAUACUUAUCACUUCGUCGAAUGGUAUCAGCAUUAUAUUAUAUUAUAUUAUAUAAUUAUAUAAUAAAAUGUAUCUGUAUUGGAUGUAUGAUUUUGUUUUGUUUUUUUUUUUUUUUUUUUUUUUUUUUUUUAUAUAGGCAAGUUACAUUUAAUGAGCAAAACCAGUAAAAUCGAUAAAAGCAUAGAUGCUCACGAAGGCAAUGUAACUGUCGGAAGAUGGAGUCCCGAUGGUUCUACAUUACUAACAGGCCAGUAAACAUAAUUUAUAAAUAUUUAAAUCAUUAUUGAUAGACGAUCUCGAGCAGUAUUGUAUGUACCUAUCGAUGAUUUUUUUAAUGAUAUUUUGAGAAGUUUAAAUAAUUUUCAUUUUUAUUUUUUUAAUCAAAAUCAUUUAUUUAAUCGAGGUUUAAAAUUGGAUACUUAUAUUUUAUAUAAUUUUAAAUUUGUUACACUUCAUCUAUUUGAUUUAGUAAAGAAGUUCAUUAAUUUUUUUAUUUUUGAAUAACGAUUUAAUUUUUUUAAAUCUUUCGGCUUAUAUCUAUACUCACUCUUGAGUGGGUACCAAAAUUUAUUUCAACCAUCCCCCAACAUAAAGGCUACCGAAAAAUACGCAUUACCAUACUCUAUUAAGUUUAAUAUCCCAAAUAAUUAUAUUAUUUAUUAAUUAUUUUAAUAAUUUGAACAAGCCAAUAAAUUUAGGUAGCCAAAAAGUAAACACACAAAUACACAACCAUCAUAUAAUGUCAUUCAAUCUAGUACAAUUGUUCAACGUAUAAUUUGUGUUAUGUUCACAUAGAUGAAUAUUCAUUUUUUUUUUUUUUUUUUUUUUUUAAUUCGUACCGGUUGAAUAGUUUGGCAACCUACUUUUUAUGCACCGGUACGAUACGAUCAUUUAUUUUAUCGCCACACUUGUGGCAGUUUUUAGUAUACACGGAAGCUGUAAAACCUUUAAAUAUUUUACAAUUUUCAACAAUUGAAAUAUCUAUAUAAUAUAUGCUUUGACAUUUUUUUAAAACCAAUUUUGUAGGUUAAAAAUAUAUCACAGAAUAAUUAACUUAGCAAUUAUGAUCAAAGUUCAGUAUUUGGUGGUUAAGAUUUCUCAAUACUACACUAAUGAAACAUAAAAUCAAGGAAGAAAAAAAUAGAGCUGAUACUAAAGACGGGUAUGCGACUGUUGCAAGUAGAAAGUUGGGACGGUAGGAUAUAAAAAGCUAAUUAAUGUAAAUCUGUAAGUAACGAUUAACCGUUACUAAUGAAAAACGAUUUGGAGGGAAUUUUGGUUAUACAUGUUUUGGAAAACCGUAAUAUUUACGAUUUAGUCAAAAUUUUAUAUUGAAAUACAUAUAAAAAACAAAUACAUUACAUUCGAUUUUUUUGUUUUUUUUGAUCACUUAGUACGACUACGCAAAAAAACUCAUAAGCAUAAGAUGCUUAUAAAUAGUUCACAAAUCGCCAAAAUUUUAGGUUGAAAUAUUAAAUCUAAUAUACUAUACCUAAAUGUAAUUAAUGUUUAUUUAUAAAUAAAUAUUAAUUCUUAAAUGUGCCUCCACCAUAAAAAUAUAUGUUUAUACCUAACGCAGAUGAAAUUUACAUUUAAACACGAUAUAAGUAUACCACUUAAAUUGUCGGUAAGUGGAUAUAAUUAUCAAAUGUCAAAUUAUUUCUUUUUUUUGGGUUGUUUGAUGCCAUUGGUUAAUUUCACGAACAGGCAAUAAUAAUAAUAAAUCAUGUGUUUUUCUAUUAUAGCCGGAGAGGAUGGAUGUAUAAAGAUAUGGUCUCGUAUCGGAAUGUUGAGAACGAAACUAGUUAUAAACGGUGAGCCCAUAUUGUCUGCCGAUUGGAAUUCAGAUUCGUCUAAAAUUGUAUAUACUCAACAUGAUAUGCUUUGCAUUAAGUCGUUAAAAGCGAACAUAAAACCAAUUAGAGUAAGAAACCUACUAUAUAAAUGUUAAAGAAUUUGUAAUUUUUUUUUUUUUUUUCUAACAUACACCUACAGAUUCUGGGCCACAGUGAUAUUAUACUGAAAGUAUCGUGGUGUAAAGCUAACGAAUUUAUUGUAUCGGGAGGUGAAGAUUGUUAUUAUAAGGUGGGUAGUACUACAUCCAUUGGUACCUAUAAAUAUAUAUAUCAAAAAUACUUAAAACAAAUACAAAAACCACGACUUUGAUCGUAUAAAAGUAUUGGUUUAUUUGAACACAUAUUUUUUAUAACCUAAAUAUUACGACCUUUUAAUGUUUUAACAUGUAUAAUCGAAGUACGCUCCGAAUCGUUUUUCGUUAUCAAUGAUUUAUCAUUGUUUACAUGUAUAAAUUAAAUAACUUUAUAUAUCCUACCUUUUCGACUUCUAACCUAUAACAUUGGCUUAUCUGUCCCAAGUAUAAGCUCUUAUUUUUCUUUAAAAUAAAAAAGAUUCUAAAUAAUAUAUUCCAAAAAUUAAUUAAUUUAAUGAUACAACUAUACCACGAUAAUUAUUAAUUACUUAUUAUUAUCUGUAUGGCAUAUAAAGUAUGUUUUUACAUUUGGAGAUACUACGAUAAAACAUUUUUGUGAUAGUAGGUUAAGCCCAAAUUUCCACUGAAUUUAUAGACGACUAUGAAAUUGUAUUAAGAAAUUAUAUACCUAUUUAAGAAAAAAAAAAAAAAAAUGUUGAAAUCUAUUUAAUCAUAUUGUUACACGUAUACAGAUAAUAACUGUGCAAAUUAUUCAGGAUUCUUCUAUACAAAAUCAAUGUUGUAUCAUAGACUAAACCAAAAAUAGAAUUAUUUUUCUUUGUCUUUAUAUCCGCCAAUUCUAAGUUUAAAUUUCUGUAAAAAGACUUAACAAUUUCUUAUUUAACAUAACAUGUUAUUUUAUAGAUUUGGGACGCGUAUGGAAAUUCAAUAUUUGUGAGUGAUAAACUUGCAUAUCCAGUUACAUCUUUAAAUUGGAAGUCUGAUGGAAAUUUACUAGUCGUUAGCUAUUACAAUACAAUUCUUCUUUGUAAUCAAUAUGGAGUAAAUAAUAUUUUACUAAUAAAUAUGAUUUAAAAUAACUAGGUGUAUUAUGUUAUAAAAGUGAAAAAUGGAGAAUUUUAUGUUCCAAAAUAUUUGACAAUUAACCAAAUGCAAUAUAAAUUUAUUCAAAGUGGUUGACACAGUUUGGAUAUUUUUGUCUAAUUAAUAUUUUGAAAAUCUGGUUUUUGCAAAUAAAUUACGUACAAAUAGUAAAUGGCCAAACGUUUAUGUAAAGAUUUGGCUACACAAUGCAGUAUUUACUUAAUACAAAUUCAAAAAAAUAAUUAGGAAAAAAGAUCAUAAAUUUAAUGAAACACUUUUUUUAUGUUACAUUUACAAACGUUUAAGUUUUCACGAAAGUUGCAUAGUAAGUGCUUAGUAAAAAUAUUAGAAUUAUAAAAGUUGCUAAUGUAAUACAAACAAAAAUUCUAUAAUAAUAUUUUUGGAAAAUAAUUUAUUUUCAUAAAUAUUACUCUAGGUUUAUUUUAUCUCAAAAAAAAAAAAUAUAUAUAUAUAUUUAACAUAUUUUAAUAAUAUUAAUAUAAAUAUUUAAUACGUUAAUUUACGUAUUAGUUACAACAUAAUUCUAUGUUAUUCGAUAGAUUAUCUUAUCAACAGACUAUGUUGACUGUGGUAGUGUCAAUACACUUUGUUGGUCACCGGAUGGUACUCAAGUAGCUGCUGCUUGUGCUAACGGAAAAUUAAUGGUAUCCACUUUAAUCGAAAGGUAAGAUUGUACAUUUUUUUUUAUAAUAAAUAUAUAUGUAUUAUAUAGCCAAUUUGUGAAUAAGUAUUUAUAAUUCAACCAUUUACAGAAGUGUUUCGGAACAGAAUUUUAAUUGUUUGAUCACGUCACGAAAGAGAAUGAUUGUCAAAGACAUUCUAAACGAAACUAAAGAAAAUCUUGAUUUUCCCGAACGUAUCAUACACGUAGCUAUGAAGUACAACCAUUUAAUAGUCACCACGUGCACACAGUGUUUUGUUUACCAAAUGCCCAAUUUAAACACUCCACAAAUUAUAAAUUUAAAAGACACGAAUGUGUUCAUGAUUAAUUUGACAAAAAAGUAAAUAGCAGUAAUAUAUAUGAUAUUAAUUUUAACAUUUUCAAGGAAAUUGUGUCAUGUUUUCAUGUAUACUUAAUAAAGUAAAAUUUGAGCAACGAUUAGUUAGGUAGUUAGAAUAAAAUUUAAAAGUUAUUUUCGUUGAUAAAUUUAAACUGAAUCAGUGGGUACCAACUUUUAAGAAUAGUACCUAUUGUAGGUAACCUAUUGUAAGUUACCUAUGGUAGCUUUUUUGCUCAAAUUUUAAUUGAUUGAUAGACAUCACGAGCAUUUUUUAAUUUUGUUUUGAUAAAAUUCUACGAGGCUCCGAAAUUACAUUAUUAAAUAAUUAAUUAAACUUUUCUUAUUGUUGAAAAUCAAAUGUUCAAAUGUCUCUAAUACAAGACUUGAUUUUGACAUAUAACUCUUCAGAUAGAUGUAUGCCAUCAUAAUUAAUUGUCUUAAUAAUUAUACUAAUCUCGAUCAAACAUGAAUAAACAAUUCAUAUAUUCAAUUUCCAGCAAAUUUACAGAAUUUUUAAAUUCAUAUUAAUAUAUAUAUAUAUAUAUAUUAUUAUAUACAUAUUUUAUAUAUAUUAUUAAUAUAGGUACUUUGCUGUAUUUUCAUUGAAUAGCGUCAACAUUUAUACUUUUGACUGUAAAUUGGUUUCGUCUCCGAAAUGGCCAAAUAUGCAAUGUGACGUAUUGCAAACUAACCAUGUAUCUAUAUCUGAUCAUGUGUUAGCUGUAAGAGACCAGCUGAAUGAUAAAAGUAAUUAAAUAAUAUUAAAAUAACUUCCUUGGGUGAAUUUCUGAUAACUAAACGAAUUUUUUGUAGUGGUACACGUAUUUGAAAUAAUGCCACUAAGUACGUUGCAAACGAUAAAACACGGAUUUUCUGUUACUGAUAUACAAUUGAUGUCCACCAAAAGUCAAGACAAACGUUUUUUGGCGCUGAUCGAUUCUAGUAUGAAUAUAUUUAUCGUUCAUAUAGGACAUAAUAACGAAAAGUCUAAAACAUACAAACUCGGUAGGAAAAUCUAGCAGUUACCUACUGUAUAUUGUAUAAAGGAUAAUCAUAACUACCUACGUUUUAAAUUAAUUAUAUCCUAGGUUCCAUGUUUCACAGCAUGUGUUGGAACAAUCAAACAGAAUCGUUGGCGGCGCUGCAAUACACAAAUCUGAUAGUGUGGUACGACCCUUUGCUUUUGUUGAACGAUCAAAUACUCGUGAGGAAAGCGUUGGAAAAAAGCGACUUAAGGUAAGAAUGAAACCUAUGAAUCAAGAUACCUAUGAAUAUCUAAAUAUUGUGAAACAUUUUCUGUUAAUAUUUCACUGAUAGAUAGAUUUUUUUUUUUCGAAUUUUCCAUGAAAAUAUAGAGUACUUAUUGUCAUGUAUUAGAUUCUGAGUGGAGCAAAGAAACUUAUGGUUUUACAAAGAUAUGUUUAUUUUUUUUGUUUUUUUGUUUUAUCUGUGUACAAUUUUUCUACCAGAAGACUUACUCAGAUUUCUAAGUGUAGUAUUUUUCCCGAAAGAAAAUUGGUGUGAGGAGGUACUUUGGGCAAGUCAUUUUUCAAUUUUCUCAGGAGUUUUUUCAUCAAAUUUGAAAAACCGGAAAAAAAUGGGAAAAUAUAAAAAAUGUAGGUAUUAGUUGAAAUAUUAUGGCCUUCUUUUUUUCUGUGGAUAACUUUUCAACUAGCAAUUUUGCUCCAGCUUUUAAUGAUAGUAAUGUUUCUAAAAGAAAAUUUCACUAAGGAGGUACUUUAGAAAGGUCAUUUUUCAGUUUUCUUAGAAGUUUUCUCAUCAAAUUUGAAAAAUCGAGAUAAAACAUGAUAAAAGCGGAAAAAAAGUAGGAAAACUCGGAAAAUCGGUACAACAUUAAUCAAAUAUUAUUAAAAAAAUAUAUAAAGCCUAUUUAAUUAUUUUACUAUAAAAUGAUAUACAUAUUGUUGAUAAAGCAACAUUAUCCACUGAACUCAGAAUCGUUUUUUCGUAAGUAAUAUCGUUUAUCGUUGCUUACAGGUAUACAUUAAAUUAUCUAUAACAAUAAUCUCAAGCUUUUCGACAACUUUUGUCACACAACUACUAUACCCUAGGAUUUUUUUUUAAAUCACUUGAAAGUUUAUAUUUUCCAGUAUAUAAUACUUCUAAAAAUUCCUAGUAAAUAAAUGAUAAAUCAAAUAAAUGACAAUUUCGAAAUGGAUGGGAGGGAAUUAGCGAAACGCAUAUGACUAUAAUGACGGAGCUCUGCUGCUCACGGGUAUUUUUUUUUUUUUCAAACAGUUUUUACGGUAACAAGUUGAGUAUCGAAUCCUAUUGGGACAACGUGGUCAGUAUGAUCAACACGGACAGCGUUAAAAUAUCCGUUCAGGUGUCCCCGUACUUGGAAGCUAUGAAAAACUACAUAGGUGCAAAUAAAUGGAUGGAUUGCCAAAACGUGUGUCGGAACGUGAAUAACGAAGCCAUGUGGGCAUUAUUAGCUGGUUCCGCUGUAUUGGCUAAACAGUUGGACACGGCGGAAGAAUGCUUUCUCGCUAUCGGACAGAACGAACGAGCAACGUUUAUCCAGCACAUAAAAGUAAGUAUUUUAUAAAUCCUUAGAAUUUAGAGGUUGAAUGCGUAUAAAUAGGUAGGUAAAUCAAUAGGUUAGGUGUAGAUUGUUCACAUUCAAGAUUAGGUACAUAUAAAAUCAGAAUAUCGGUUUGUGUUAUAGUUUAUAAACUACGUUUAUGGAUUUGUUUACGAUUACUGGUAAUCAAUAACUUGAUCAAAUUCAUAUUAUUAUGCAAUUUGGAUUUACACUCAAAUUAUCACGAUGAUCUAUCGUAAAAUACUAGAAUUCAAAUUGGAACAAUUUUAAAACUCUGAUAUUUUGAAUCAUAAAUUAUUAUUUCAACGGUUAUCACAGUUGGUAUUUUUAUAGUAAUCAGCCACGAGAUAAAGAAUAUUAUUAAUCCGGAAGUUAAUAAAAGAAAUUACAAACCUCUCAAAAACAAGUCCAUAUCCGAUACAUUGUGAGUAAAUCUGGUGACAAAUUAUACACCUCUGAAAAAUUAAGUGAAAUAUCGGACUGUUUUGUACAACAAAAUAAAACAUGUAAGACAAUUUUUGUUAUCAAAUUCAGACAAUAACUUACUGACAUAACCUACGUUUAUAAACUAUUCAUAAUAAUGCUGCACUAUACUUUGAUAAAUUGUCCCUAAUUAAUGACAAAACAUUUAUAAACGUAUACAUUUAUGGUACUAAAAUAUGAUUUUAUACAAGGAUUGAAUGGAAUAAUUGUAAAAAUGCUCAAAUCAAAUAUAAAUUCAUUACCAAGACCUACACAUCUUUCAUUUGGCCUCUUCAACAGCUAUUGUUUUAAAUAGUUUUAAAGUGUCCGUAAUAACACUAAUUUACAAAAAAGGAGGUAAAUCUAAUACUGAUUAUCACCGCCCAAUCUCCCAAAUAUCUAAUAUUGCUAAAACCUUUGAAAAAAUUAUAAAACACGAAUCAGUAACGUAUCAUGAGUUAAACAAUUUAUUAUCUAUAUAAAAAAAAAAAAAAUAAUACAAUAUUUGGUUUAGACCUAGUAAAAAUACAGAACAACCAAUUGCAAAAUUAUAUCAUAGUAUAGACACUAUCGACCGAUGACCAUAACAUUAUUCUAUUAAAGUUAAAAAAAAAAAAAAAAUUCCGCAUACAACUUGUUGAGACCAUAUUUGAUGGGUCGAACACAACGAAUUCGCAUAAAAAAUACUCAAAGUCAAAUAACAUUCAUAUCAUACGGUGUACCAAAAAGGGCUACUCUUUCUCAUACACUAUUUAUACAAAUCAACCCAAUAAAUGAACUAAUUAUACAUGGGAAAUUAGUAAGCUAUACUGACGAUACGAUUCCUUUUGUUGAGGGUAAUUCUUGAAACAUACAACAUGACAUAUAAUUAUGAUUGUAUGCUAUACCUAUAUAUCAACUCGAUGAAACGUUUAUUUUGCCACAUUGCAUUGUCAAUUCCAACAAAAUUAAUUUGAACAAAUUAUGUAUUUAUGAUAUAGACUGCAUGCACAAAUAAAAUUUCUUGUAUCAGUCAAUUGUUCAUAGAAACAAUGAAGACUUUUAAGUACUUAUAUGUGUCGAAAUUUGCAAUGACCUAAAAUGGAAAAAACACGUAAAAUUAAUUACGGAUAAAUUAAGAAAAUAACUGUAUGCUUUUAAGAAUUUGGCCAAUAUACUGGGAAACAAUCAACUUAGGAUAUUCUAUCUAACUAUAACUGAAUCGAAUCCAUUAUUAAUUUUGGAAUCUAGGACAUUUUGGCGAAAGGCAAUUCGGUGAAAGACAUUUUGUUGAAUCGUUUUUAUCAAAAGGAUGUAUCGGUGAACGGAUAAUUGAAGAUUUUUAUGAUCAGAUCAUAAAUAAAUAAAUAAAUCUUCAUAGAUAUCGGCAUAAAGUAAAUCUAUAUAUAUUUUUAUACUAAAACUGUGUAAUCACAUUUCAUAAAUUUUUAAUUUUUGCAUAUUUUAACGUUUUAUAUAUAUAUAUAUAUAUAAUCAUUAAUUUUUUACUAUUUUAAAACAUUAAAAUAUUAAACAUGCAGAAUGUAGACGAACAUGGUGUCGGGUGAGCCUAAAGAUUUCAAGGCGGGCCAUGGCCCACCCGGGACAGGCCUUGAUGCCAUCACUGAAAGUCUGCAAAUAUGUCAUACUUUGAUUAUUGAUAUUAUAGAUAAAAUAGAAUUUUUUUUUUUUUUGAGCGGAAAAGUGGCACUUUCCUUGCUUUACGUUUACUCUGACCACAUGCCACUGAAAUACAUUGCAUAUUGAUCAGUUUGUUUUAGAUCAUCCGGCUCUCAUGCCAAAAUAAGUGUGGCUUUAUACAUUUGUAGACUUUAUUUUGUCUAAUAAUAAUCCAAGUGAACGAGUAUUAUUUUGUAAUUAUCUACAUUGCGUUUUGGUUUUAGACAUUAUCCGACAAAACUGUUCAAGAAUCGUCACUCGCUCUUCUAACCGGAAACACAUCAGAAGCAGAAUCAAUUUUGCUCAGAAACGGCUACACAUUUAAAGCAGUAAUGUUUAACGUACAAAUAUAUAAUUGGAAAAGGUAUGUGUUCGUUUGUUUUUUGAAAUAUUUUAAAUUAAUUAAUUAAAUACUUUCAAAUAAUCAUAACUCUUAAGUAGGUAUAGCACCAAAUCCGGAUCAAUCUGAAUCUGGAUUGAAACAAACGUUACAAUUCGUUUAAUACAGAUUAUGAUUAUCAAUUUCCAGAGCAUGGGUAUCAACCUGAAUUUAAAUAUAAAUCAAUAAAAUCAUAAUAUCCGUUUAACUGUCCCAAGUUGUCUUUUUUGAUGAUACCUACUAUCUAGUUUCUACUUUUUUAACACCUAUCUCAGUUUAGACAACUGAACGGAUUGGACCCGAUUUCCGGAAUGACGGAUUGGAUAUAGAAUAAUCCGUAUAAAACGAAUUAUUGAUCCGAAAUCCGCAUUAUGUAAUUGUAAUCUGGAUUCCAAGCAGAUUGAUCUAAAUGUUGAUCUGCUCUAUAUAUUAGGGGCCCAUUAAAUAAUGUACACAAUUCUGAACUUAUAGACAAAGGUUAAAUAAUAGUUUUUUUUUUUUUUUUUGGUAAUUUAUAAUUUGGUAUUUUUUUGGUACCUAUAUUCGUUGUUUUUUUUCAGAGCUCUGGAAUUGGCACUUAAACAUAAAAAAUACUUACAAAUUGUUAUUUACGAACGAAGGAACUAUUUAGAGUUUUAUAAAAAACAAGAAACAAGUGAUCGAUUUUUAAAAUAUUCUGAUGUAAGAUUUAUGAUAUUAUUUUUUUUAUAUAGGCCUGUGGCCUACAUAACUCUAUUCAGAAUAAAGGCACCUACACACUUCCUACGAGUUCCGUGUCGUCUUAGAUUUGUAAUAUAGAUUAUAUCAAACAUUUAGUAAACACACGUCGAAAAACUUGAAAUAUUUCAACAUCACAGUUACGUUUGAUUAGGUAGAAAUAGUGCGAUGUUACCAUUCGGACUCCGGUACAAAGGGUAUCGAAAUUAUGGUUCGACGAACCAGGGUUGUGCUCACAGGGGAGGGAUAAGGGUAUCAUAUACGGGAUAUGAUAUUACCCCAUGAACUUUUUUUUUAUGCAUUUGUUUGAAGUUCCUUGGUAGUUUCGGUUUUUUCGCGGAAAAAAAAAUAGUACAUAGUUGGUUUUAAUUUUUAGUUAUGUUAAUUAUUAGCAUACGUAUAAAAUAUAUUUAGUAGAUACUAAAGUGAUAGUAAUUAUCUAAUUAUCAUAAAUAAUGCAUACUAUUUUAUACAAAAAAAGGUACCAAUAUUUCAGUUCAUUAUAUUCUGAUAUCUAUUUUAUAAAUGCGACUAUAGGCAUAUUAAUAUAUUAUCAAUAGUAUUUUAUAGUUAUGCAGUUUUUAGCUACGCUUUAAUAAAAAUUAAAUAUUACACACUCUUAGUUGCUUAGAUUUUCAAUUUAUGAGAAUACUUAACAAAAUCUAUGUAAUAAUUAUUUUUAUUAAUUUAAAUAUGCAAACGUUGAAUACGAUUUUUUAAUAUCAUAUCUUGUGCAUAAAACAAAUUGGGAUUCUUAGUACUAUACAUUUUGGAUAUAUUUUACCCUCGUAGUUAUGGGUACAUCAAAUAAAAAAAAUACCGAUAUAGUUCGCAAGAUGGAUGGGCCACUGUUGGAGGUGAGAAUUUGGGAAUGUAGAAUCUAGAGGGGAAUUUAAUAUAUUUGUGUAUGCAACAAUUAACCAUUGCUAACGAAAAACGAUUUCGGUUAUGCAUGUUCUAAAAGGCCGUAAUAUUUACGAUUUUCGUUAAAAUUUGAUAUUAAAAAUCUUAUAAAUAAAAUACUACAUUAAACUCAACUUUAUUUUAUUAGCCACUAAGUACAACUUAUAAUGAACUCCCUGUUGAAUUUUCAAGCAUUUUUGUUUGGUCUAACAAUCGUAUCACAGAGUUCCUACCGAAUAACUAUUACGUAAAAAACUGGCAAAAUUAAAUGUCUAUAAAUAGCUCAAAAAUAGCUCAAAUGUUUUUUUCAUUUUUACCACGUCUACAAAAGACAAAUAUAAGUUUUCUUUCUGAAUUUCAAGUCUUUACGAACAUUUGAACUGAAUUACAACAAAAAAACAAAAUUAAAAAUAAUAAAAGCAUUACUUUCGUAAAUUUUUCCGUUUUUUCUACGUUAUUUUUCAGUUUUUCCCAAUUACUAUGAAGACUGCUUGGAAAAUCAAAAAAUGUCCUCUCUAAAACUUUAGAGACCUCCUUAUUACUUAAUUUCAGAUCAAACUAAAUAAAAUUUGUUUUCAAAAAUGGUGCUACACUUGAAAGUCGAAACAAGAUUUCUGGUAGACAUUUUUUUACACACUACAAAAAAAAAAAAACAUUAUAGAACCAACACAUUCCCCGCUUCACUCAAAAUCUAAAAAGAUUAAUAACCGUAUCAAGUAUAGUACAUGCUAAUUGCAAAAUAUGUUAACGAUUCGCAAAUAAAAUAAAAAGGUUGAGAAUUGCUGGUUUAGAGUAUUCUUAUUUUAUUAUUCUGAAUAGAGUAUAAUAAUAGGUACCUAGAUUAUUUUCCAAGAAUGUGGUAAACAAUAAUAAAUUAUGUCCAUACCUUGUCUGUUUUUUUCAGAUGGAAAUUAAUAACGAGGACGUUUUAAAAGAAAUCGAAAAAGAAAAUCAACAAAAUUGAUGAACAAAUAUUGUGAUUAUUUGUAUGCAACAUUGAUGAUUAUUGCGAAUACGAAAAUAUACCAUAAAAUGAGAC